UAAAGCGUCAAGUUUUGCGCCCUCCUUCCUCCAUAGCCGUCGAUUUCAAGUUCAAAGCUGAGAAAUUCCAACUCAAAGGUGUGCGAUUUCUUCAUUUCAUCAGCAAUGGCAGCCUUUCUUUCGCUUUCAGUAUGUCCUCUGUUUUUAGGGUUUUGUUUUUUCAGAAAUUGAAAAAUGCACCUUCUUUGAUCACCGAACACGCUAGGCACAUUGGGGUUUUCUCUUUUUUGUCCAUGUUUCACGGAAUCGCGUUCGUAACAUUUCGAUCCUUAAUUUUUGGGUUUUUUUUUUUAAAUUUAAUUUUUAAUCUUUAAAAGAAGAAGCAAACUUGCUCGACAAUGGCGAAGAUGGUUUCUGGUUUCAAACAAUCGAUGAUGAAUCAGUUUGAUGGUUCCCUGCUGCAAUUGAAGGGUCUUUUGGAGAAGAUGGGUUCCGUUCGAAUGUGCUUCAGAGCCAAUUCCAGGAGAUCCAGGACGGCAUAACUCGGAUCGGAACUCCCUCUGGAUCCGAUUCAAGGAGGAGGAACGGGAAAAUGAGCUGGAAGUCGAAGUUGUGAGCUUUGCCACGUGUCUUGCAUUUGUUGGGGCCAUUUAAUAAAUAAAGUAAAAAACUGAAGGUACUACGUAGAUAUUUUUGUAUGUGAUUCCAGCUUCAAAGAGAGACGGCAGGAGCGAAAUUGUCUUUGAACUCUUACCUUUCACUGGGGAAUCGCCGCCCUUCUCCGCCCUACUCUGCAUUUGAUUCUUCACCGAGAACUCGACAGUUGUACAGGGCUCUAGGAUGGAGAAAACCAGUGGCAAUAUAGCAACCCGCUUGUUUUGGAGCAUAGUUAGUUUUUUGAGGAGAUGUCUCUUUCUUGUAAUAUCUAUUCGUCCCAUACCACGUCACAUUGCCUUCAUCAUGGAUGGAAACAGAAGAUAUGCUAAAAAGCGGAAGAUGAUGGAUGGGGAUGGACACAGGGUUGGGUUUUUGGCUCUUAUGUCCAUGCUCAAGUAUUGUUUUGAGUUGGGUGUGACAUAUGUAACGGUAUAUGCGUUUAGUAUUGAGAAUUUCAAAAGGAAUCCUGAAGAAGUUCAAUCCUUGAUGGACCUGAUGCAGGAGAAGAUCGAAGGGUUAAUCAAAGAAGAAAGCAUAGUGAAUCAGUAUGGAGUUAGGGUACAUUUUAUUGGGAACCUAAAGCUCUUGAGUGAACCUGUCAGGUCGGCAGCGGAGAGGGCUAUGGCAGCCACGGCCAAUAACUCCCGAGGAGUGCUGUCAAUAUGUAUUGCGUACACUUCCACUGAUGAGAUUGUGCAUGCUGUUCAAGAAUCGUGUGAAGAAAAACUGGACGAGAUUAGCUCGAUGAAUGCAAUUAAAGCUGGGUAUGGUCUAACUAAACUUGGAGGCAAUGAAGAGAAUGAAAGGGAGAAGAUUGUAAAAUUGACAGAUAUUGAAAAACAUAUGUAUAUGGCGGUUGCACCAGACCCUGAUGUUUUAAUCCGUACUUCAGGUGAGACCCGGUUGAGCAAUUUUCUUUUGUGGCAGAGUGCGUUCUGUUAUUUGUACUCUCCCUCGGUGCUCUGGCCUGAGAUUGGUUUCCGUCAUGUUGUUUGGGCGGUCUUGAAAUUUCAGUCUAACUAUUUUUAUCUUGAACGCAAAAGGAAACAGUCAUAACUUUGUCUGAGUGAUGUGCUGUUGCCUUUGGUCUAAAAUGUUCUUGUUAAUCUCUACUUGCUGCUAAACUACUGUUUUAUGUAACAAUAUAGAUUAACGCAGGCUGGUACCAUUUACCAUUGCUUUGGAUGGUACUUUUACAGUUUACAUUCUCAUGUAAACGUCAUUCUGUUGUACUGUAAGAAUAAACUGUGGACAUGGUAAAAUAAAUUUGGUAUGUGAUAGAUUGAUUUGCAUAGUUGA